CAGACCCUCGAACCUGCCUCAACGAUGGGACUGCGCGUUUAGUCUCGUUUCAAAGAUAAGAGGAGAGUUUCUUCUGAACUAAAUUCGGACUUGUUUUCUUACUGGAGUUAUUGAAGAGUGGAGGACGCGCAACAUGAAGUACAAAAAUCUGAUGGCUAAGGCGUUGUACGACAACGUCCCAGAAUCCCCGGAAGAGCUGGCAUUCCGCAAGGGUGACAUCCUGACUGUCAUCGAGCAGAACACUGGCGGCCUGGAGGGAUGGUGGCUCUGCUCGCUCCAUGGUCGCCAGGGCAUCGCCCCUGGCAACCGCCUCAAACUGCUUAUUGGACCCAUGUUUGAUGGACAGACAUCUUCCUCCCCCUCCCCUCCACAGGGUUACGCCCUUCAGCAGAGAACACUUACCGCUCAGGGUAUAUACCAAGUGCCCCCUUCCCACCAGAGCCCUCAAGGACAAGGCAUCUACCAGAUCCCCCAGUCAAACGACGUGCAUAAGGUGCCACAGAGAAGCGCACCAACUGUGGAUGGAACUCCUUCCAAGGUGGUGACCCCGAUACGUGUGGGGCAAACGUACGCCUACAGUCCUGCUUCAGAUACAUCUCAUGACCUCUACGAUAUUCCUCCAAUUCGUCCGCAGGGGGUGUACGAUAUUCCCCCAAGCAAACAGACAGGACAGCAGAGCACUCCAAGAUCCCAAGGCCUCUACGACACACCCCCUUCCAAAGACCUGCGAUCAAAAGGACUCUAUGAUAUACCACCACUGGCACAAGGGAGGAACUCCACAUCUCCAAGGAGCAACAUUGCACAAGAUGAAGGGAAUUAUGACUUUCCACAGCCUGUGAAGCACAAGCAAGAGGGUAUAUACGAUGUUCCACCAACAUCCCUCUCUAAAGCUUCCACAUGCUCCAACUACGACUUCCCACCCAGCUCCGAGCCCGUCUCACGAAUGGGCAUGAUCGACAACAGCAAUGGCAUCUAUGACAUUCCUGCAAGUCAGCUCGCCACGGGUGGAUCUCAGGACUUGUACGAUAUCCCACGUGGAAAGCCACAGUCUCACAACAGACUCACUUCUGCUGAGAGGGACAGGAAUAAGUGUGUCUACGAUGUUCCUCCAACAGAGGCUCGGUUGCUUGGCGAUGUGACCGAAGGAGUCAGCCGCUUGUCGUUUUCCAGUAAUGGAAGCACUCGCAGCAGCAUGUCAACUUCCUCUUCUUUAGCCAGUUCCCCCGCUGAGGGUCGUCUGGCAUUGGAUCUAGACUCUGCGGUACAAAGGUUGGUUCGCCUCCAACAAGGUCUGGAGUCUUCCGUUUGUGCACUACAAACUCUUGCAGCUUCACCACACUGGCGAACAUACAGCUUCAUGGAGCGACACGCCAAUGAAUUUCGCGUUUUAUUGGAGCGGGUCAAGGGUACACUUGCUGAAUUUCUCGUAUUUGGACGUGGGACGGCGGCAAACGCCAAUGCGUUGUCCGAUCCAGGACUGCAUUCCAAGUUGCGACGCCACUUGCAGCGUUUAGAAGAUUCCCAGCAGAUUCUUCAUCAAACACACCAGACUCUAGAAAAAAAUGGCUGGGCGCCGAAUAUCCUGGCAACUGGCACCAAGCAACAUAGCAAGACUGAUGAGCUAGAACGUUUUGUAAUGGUGUCGCGAACAGUGCCUGACGAUGCCAAGCAGCUGGCGUCAACAAUUGGUGGCAGUGCAGAGCUUCUUUUCCGAAGAGCGCCAAUUGAGGGUAUUGUUCACCCUUUCACCUGCACUCCUACAGAGGAGGACAGUUACGGCGGCCAGACCAAACCUUUCCCUGUACCACACAAGGCAAACAUGAACAGCGAGAAAUGUGUUAAAAGCUGGAUGGAAGAUUACGAUUAUGUCCAUCUGCAGGGAAAAGAUGAAUUUGAACGGCAACAGAAGGAACUUUUGGAGAAGGAGAACAUUAUGAAACAGAAAGUCCAACUUGGCCAAGAACAGCUGAACCAGUUUAAACAGCUUGAACAGGAAGUGAUCAAACCGGUUGAGAAUGACAUCAACAAGUGGAUCACCCACCAGCAUUCAACAGGCUCCUCCUCUUCAGACUCCUCCUCCAAUUUCUCCACAGGGGGUGGAGCUCCAGCUUGUUUGCGUGAUCGACAGCUGUUGGGCUUCUACACAGACCAAUGCGAACAGCACUUUGUGACUCUUCUAAAUGCAGUGGAUGCUUUUUUCGGCUGUGUAAAAGCCGGACAACCUCCACGAAUGUUCGUUGCUCAUGGAAAAUUUGUCAUUCUUAGCGCCCACAAGCUUGUAUUUAUCGGGGACACACUGUCGAGACAGGCUUCGCCAGAAGUUGCGAAUCGCGUCAUGAACUCAAGUAACGUUCUGUGUGAGAUGCUGAAGACGGUCGUGGGUGCCACCAAGAUGGCCGCCCUUCACUAUCCCAACACAGCUGCCGUGCAGGAAAUGGUCGACCGCGUGACGGACCUCUCGCACUUAGCGCAACAAUUUAAAGUGCAGCUCUCACAGAUGGCUGGAUUGUGAUGUCAUCAUGACGUCACCAACAUUCGAACAAGGACUGUCUUGUAACGUGCAUAUUUAUAUACAUCCUCCUGUAGAUGCAUACACUGUAAAUAGUUAUGCUCUCUUCUUCUCUGUAAAUAUUUGGCUCUAUAUUUUCAUGUAGAUUUGUUUUAUAUUAUAAUAUAUUAUUAACUGUAUGAAUAGACAUGAUUUUGAGACUUGCGUUUGUAAAGUGAAAACUUAACAUUCCUGAUAUUUUGUGUAUUAGGCACCUUAUAAAUUGUCAUUAACUGCUUUUUAUGGCUUAUUUUUAAUUAUUGCUUAUCCUUGAAUGCCAGUACUUUACAAAAUGAAAGUAGUUGUUGUUGUUUUGUACGUUUACUGCCAAAAGUACAGUCUGAACAAAGUAAAA